AUGUUUCAACUCCUCCCCGUUACAGAGCCUGACCUCUCCUCUAUGGUCGAGUUGUGGUACGACGCCUUUGAUGAUCCCAUCAAUCGGCGGCUGUAUCCCGAUACCUCCGGAGCGCGCGCCUGGCUAGAGGACUACCACCGCGCCAGUCUGCAAUCCCCUGAUCAACACUAUCUUAAAGUUACCACGGAUCAUAGUACCGGGUCGACCUCUCCCCUUGUAGCAUUCGUGAAAUGGGACUUCAACACCACCUCUCCAGGUCACCACUUUCCCCCGCGCCAUGUCGAUUUCGACCAAAUCUUUUGCGACACGUUCUUCGGGGGGCUGGACCAGGCGCGACGGACCAUCAUGGGCUCGCGUCCGCACUAUUAUCUGGAUGCCCUGAUCACCCACCCGGAAUAUCGCCGGCAGGGAGCGGCAUCAAUGCUCAUCCAGUGGGGAUGUAAGCGUGCCGAUCAGGACGGAAUUCCCAUAUGGGUGGAUUCCAGUCAGGAAGGGGCCCGGAUCUACCAGCGCUUUGGGUUUCGCGAUGUCAGUGUGUUGGGGGUGACUCCGACCGGCGCCAUGUCCAUGCUGCGGGAUCCCGUUGGUGGUGAUGCUGCGUAG